AUGGCUGCCAUCAAGUUACGAGAAUUUAUUGAUCGCCGUCAAGUCAUCCCACCCAGUAUAUACAUUGCUCAUCAAGGAAAGGACCUCCGAGGCUAUUACGCAGGGCAGCUGGCAAGACUGCAUUUUGAUUCUAGUGUGAAGAGAUAUUCCAGACCUCUCAUAGACUUGACAAUUCCAUCCAAGGGAAAAAGUCACUAUCGGCCUGAAUUUGACCAACAAACUCUCAUUCGAUAUAUUUGCUUUCAAAGAUAUUCAAAGCCUGCUGAACCAUGGUAUAAAGAAACAACUUAUCAAAGAGACUAUUCUCUUCCAUUUUACAAGAUUGAUUGGAACCAGAAAUUAGGCAAGCUAUCAUCAAAUCCAAGACCACUUAAUUCACUGCCAGAGUUCUACUGUUGUGAAGAAAAAGGGCACUUUGAAAGAAAUGCUUUUAAACUAAAGCAAUCAUGGCCUUAA